GCGGGCAUGCCGACACCCACUCGGCCGGUCCCGGCGUCCCGGCUCCCGGAAGCGGAAGGGGAGCGCGGCCCGGCCUGGGCGGCGGAGGCGCGGAGCCGAGUGGAGAGCUGCGGAGCGGGCGGCGGUACUUACAGGGAACUGUUAAUGACGGGAGGCCCAUAUGAUGGAAUAAGUAAAUAAAGAAAUAAAUAAAAGAAUGACUCAAGAAGAUAAUACUUCUCAAUGCAAGUGCCAGACAAAGUACAGCUCAUCUCAGUGAAUUUGCAAGUGGAUUGUCUUCCUGUGGGUUGGCAGGCAGUUCUAGGACUGCAGAAUGGGUCUUCGGAUUCACUUUGUUGUUGACCCACAUGGUUGGUGCUGCAUGGGUUUGAUUGUCUUUGUCUGGUUAUACAAUAUUGUUUUAAUUCCCAAAAUUGUCCUCUUUCCUCACUAUGAAGAAGGACAUAUUCCAGGCAUUUUAAUAAUAAUAUUCUAUGGCAUUUCCAUAUUCUGUCUGGUUGCCUUAGUGAGGGCCUCCUUAACUGAUCCUGGAAGACUCCCUGAAAACCCCAAGAUCCCACAUGCAGAACGGGAGCUCUGGGAGCUAUGCAACAAGUGUAAUCUGAUGAGGCCAAAGCGCUCCCAUCACUGCAGCCGCUGUGGCCACUGUGUGAGGAGGAUGGACCACCACUGUCCUUGGAUAAACAACUGUGUGGGUGAGGACAACCACUGGCUCUUUCUGCAGCUCUGCUUCUACACCGAACUUCUCACUUGCUACGCACUGAUGUUUUCUUUCUGCCACUAUUAUUACUUUCUUCCACUGAAAAAGCGUAAUUUGGACCUCUUUGUUGUUCGGCAUGAGCUGGCUAUCAUGAGACUAGCUGCGUUUAUGGGCAUUACUAUGUUAGUUGGAAUAACAGGACUCUUUUAUACACAACUGAUUGGCAUCAUCACAGAUACAACAUCUAUUGAAAAGAUGUCAAACUGUUGUGAAGAAAUAUCGCGGCCCCGGAAGCCAUGGCAGCAGACCUUCUCAGAGGUUUUUGGCACUCGUUGGAAGAUCCUGUGGUUCAUUCCUUUCAGGCAGAGGCAACCACUGCGCGUUCCCUACCACUUUGCCAAUCACGUCUAACAGAUGGAUGGUGGGCACAGAUGGGUCCUCCAUGCUGGAAAUGCGUUACAGGUUUUAUGAGAAUAGAACUAUGACAGUCUUCAAGUCAAUUAAAAUCCACCCACCAAUCUUAGACAUCAUAAUGUGCCCCAGGCUUUAUUUUAAUAGUGAUCUUGAUCCUGUUGUGGGACUAAUACAAGAUCUAUAUUUAAGUUUUAAAAGCAUGUUUACUUUCAAAUUAGCCUUCCACUAGGAUUUCUUUAAAUGCUUUUGUUACUAAACUCAAAAGGCAGUGAUUCGGAUGAAAUAAUUGUACAUAAAUUUCCUUCAGUACUCACAGUAUCUUAAAUUUUAAUUUAUAGGAAAUUUGAGAUGUUUAAUGUUUACCUUUAAGCAGUACUAACCAAAUUUGAAUUUAAUUCUUCAGGUUUACAAAACUUGGUACACUUUCUUAUGUGUACAUUUUCUUUUUUGAAUGUGUUAAAAUUCUUUUCACUACGUCCUUUUAUAGUGCAGCAGGGUUUUAACAUGCAGGGUAGGGUGAACAACAAAGGGCAGUGCUGGCCGAGGAGCAGCUCUCUGAGCCUUCCUUCUUUCCUGCUCAUCAGAAGCGAAGUAAGGCACACGAGUAAUGCCCCAACUGCUGCCUUAUUAUAAAGGAGAACUUAACUGUCCCUUCCGCUGCGAUUAGUGAUUGUUAUACAAUGUUUGCUCCCAGGAAAAGUUAGUGACCAGUCAGGCAUAUAUUCCUAUUUUGCCCUAAGAUUCUAAAGACUGAAAAGAAUAGGAAGUUUGCAAUAAUUCCAGUUACUUCUUCAAGUGCAGUUAUAUCAGAAUGCAGAUGUUUUAAAAUGCUAAUAUAACUGGAUGGUGUGUAAUACACAGUAUACAAAGGAAUACUGUGUUUUAAAGUAUGUAUAUUUUUACUUACCUGCCAGUAUAUCUCACUGUACACAUUGAUGGUUUAUAUAUUAUAUAAUAGAUACUGGUCAACUCAGAUCAAAGUUUAAAAGUAGGUCAUUAACUUUAUAUAUCAGUAAUCACCCAGGUUGAAAUUUAAUUUCCAUUGCCCAGUUAUGAUUUAGAUCACUCUAGAGACCUUUUAUUAAUAGCUGAUGCCAGGAAAUUAUCUUAAAGAAGAAUGGUCCAUGGUAGUGAUGGUCCUUGACAUGGAGCCUUUUUGUAUUUGAAGACAUUUUGUAUAAUUUAAUUUUUUCAUUUAGAACACUGCAAAUCCAUAUGUUUGAAAAGUGUGUGUGCUAGUGAUCUUUCCCCUGAAAAUAAUAGUGAAGAAACCUACUACUCCUGACCCAUAUACAUACUUUUCUUAAGGUCGUUGUAAAGUCCAGAAUCAUAGCUGGGAAAUGCUGAGACAGAGGUUAUUAUUGUUAGCCAGUUAGCUGUACUGUGGCUAGUUCUUUCAGAUACUGUAAAUGUCUUAUAAAAUAUUCUGAAGUAAUAGAAUAAGCUCUUUUCAGAAAUAUUAAUGCCAUAUUUUCAUGUUCUAAUUAUGUUUAUUAUUUAAAGUCUUAGAAGUGGCAGAUGAAAAUAUUUAUUGGUGCUAAGACAUUUAGUAAGUUUAAUAUAAGAAACAUUUACAAAGGUUAGGAAACAUAAAAUUAGUAUGUUUAUUUUAAGAAAAGGGGUUGGAUUUUUGUGCAAGCUGAUUGACUAAAUUGGCUGAUGACAGAUUCUAAAAGGAAGUGGUGUAUAUAUAAUGUAGGGAGAUACAAGUUGAUACCUUCAGCUGUAUAUAUUCUAUUCACAUAAGACCUGGAGCAUCCAUAGCAGAGCCAAAUAAAGGCCUGGUAUGGAGCUUUGUAGACUUGCUUAUAUUCUGGAGUAGCAGUAGCUCUGACACAAGGUAAUGGGAAUGGUCUCUUUCCCAUGCUGAGGAUUUGUGGGUAUGGUUUUCUUAGGUUUACCACUUCUAGGGCACAUUCUCUUCCCUUUGUCUUUACUCUCCCGGGUCCUGAUCCUCUCCACAGUUUCUUUGAGUCAUUGGACUACAAACUAAUGCACUAGUUUGAGCUACAGAAAUGCUACUGUCAAUGUAUUUACAUAAUCUAUAUUGCAGUAUAUCUAUAUAUACUUAUGCAGUAUUGUCAUAUGUAUGUCUAACCCCACGAGGGGUUUGUAAUCACUGUUAGAUUCCUGGAGAAACGCCUAUUGGCCAUUUCCUAGGGAUUAAGCUCCUAUGUUCUUUCUGCGCCCUCUUUUGGCUAAUUGAUGUAAUUAUACUGGUUCUAGGCUUUCACUGUCCCAUUAGUGGGUUGUAUCUCCAAUUUGUGAACAUGUCAGAGGUACACACUUAUGGGAAUAUAUGUAGAAAAGUGUAAAAUUUUAUGAAAAUUGAAAAUGAAUGUGUUACUGUUGGUGAUGCUCCUUCUAGGUAAAUUGCUUGGCUUCAUGUAUGUGUAUUCUUGUACACUUUAUUGUCAAUCACAAAUUUAGAUUAGGAUAAGCUAUUUCAUAUUUUACUUUAAACCUUAUUUUGGUAAUUUAAUUUGUUAUCAUUAUGAAGACUUACUUUAAAAUUACUAUUUUAUUACAGAACAAAACAUUUAUUACAAUUGCUGUGGCAACCAUGU